UAAACUAUGUACCAAAAUAAAAAAAAAGAUGUCAUAAACUUUCUUCGGGGAGAAAUUACAACCAUCCACCGCUUGCAAAAGCCGGUCCUCCCGACGCCCUUCGCAUCUCCUCGUUCCCAACCCGCAGCCCGCUCAGACUCUUGCGAUGGAUUGGCAAGGACAGAAGCACUCGGAGUUUUUGAUGCAGAUUUUGCUCGUAGUGUUCGCGGUUGUUGCUUUCGCGGUCGGAUAUGCUAUCGAAUCCUUCCAGAUGAUGAUACUUAUCUACGCCUCUGGAGUUUUGCUGACUGCAUUGAUUACGGUGCCCAAUUGGCCCUUUUUUAAUCGCCACCCGCUGAAAUGGUUGGACCCGAGCGAGGCUGAUCGA